AUGAAUGAAAAUCAAGACGUUCCGGAUACAAUAUUUAGUAGCAGUCCAUUACGUAAAAUAGUUCAUUUUGAUGAAACAACUUCAAUGCCACCACAAGCAGCAACAUCUACUAGUCUAUUAACUUCUCCAUCAACAAGUUCAUUACCAUUUCCAAUAAUAUCAGAAAAACCAAGUGUACGUUUUAAAUUUCUUUGUCUUUUACUUGGUAGUUUUAUUGCAUUGACUAUUGGAUUUAUUUUAACUAUUUUAUUUAUUACUCAUGCAACACAUAUGCCUCAACAUGAUUUUUUGUCACAUCGGUUUUUUUCUAAAUUAUCUGAACGAAAUGCAACAAAUAAUAAACAUAAUUUAUUUAAAAAUUUUAAUUCAUUAUGGAUUAAUCAAUUAGAUUUUAGUAGUGAUAUUUGUAAUGAUUUUUAUGGUUUUGUUUGUCGAAAAUGGUUAUCAAAUCAUCCGUUAUCAUCACUUGAAUUUAAACGAAGUUGGUUAACUGAAAAAUCAAAAUAUAUUCGAGACAACUUUGCAGAAAAAUUAAAUAAUUUCAGUGAAAUUGAAGCUUAUAAUUAUCAAAUGAAAAUUGAGAAAAAUAAAACUCAAGUAUUAACCUACGAUGUAGAUAUUGAUAAUUUUGAUGGAGUAACAUCAGAAAAAAAUGAACUUGAACAGUUCUAUUCUUUACACGAUCCAUAUAAUACUGAAGAUCAUAAACUAGUUAAACGUGAAUUAACUUUAAAUCCGAAUGAUUUAUCUCAAUCAAUAUCUAAUAUGUUACUUUAUUAUCAUCAAUGCACUCAUACAUCUGAAUCAGUUCUUAUUGAAGAAUUACAACGAUUAGCAUAUGAUCGUUUUUGGUUUACAAAUAAUUAUGAAAUUAUUUCAACAACUGAUCAUUUACAUUUUCUUUUUGAACAAAUGAUUGAACAUCCAUUAAUGCGUAUAUGGAAUAUAAAUACAAUAAAUCUUGGUACACAAAUUAUAAUUCAUAUUCAACGAAAAAUUCAAGAUCAACAAAAAUUUCUUUUAAUACAUCAAAUAGAACAAGCUAGUAUAUUUGAACAUUAUGUACGAAAAAAUCAUAUUGAUUUAUGUUAUCAAUCAACUCGUGUUGGUUCUUUAGCAAAUACAUUAAAAGAAUAUAAUGAAUUGUUAACAUCAACACUAACAUCUUCAAACUUUUCCAUAAAUGAUGAUUUACAUCGUUUAAUAUCAAAUAAAGAAUCUUUACCAAUUAUUUAUUCAUCUAUAAGACGUCCAAACGAUUUACGAGAUUUAAUUCAUUUUAUGUUAGAUAAAAAUAUGAUUCAAUCAUUAAAUAAUACAGAAAUAUAUGAUUUAUUUUUAAAUUUUAUUCAUGAUCUUGAACAAUAUUUAUUAAAUGUACCAAUAUUUCGUAGUACAAUAUUAUAUCAAUGUCAAUUAUUUCUUAAUUAUUAUAUUCGUUUUCGAUCAUUAAAUAAUACAAAAUUAGAAACAUGGCUUGAUUAUAUAUCAUCAUCAAUAAUUCAUUUAAUUCUUCAUUCAUGGCCAGGCGAUGCAUCAUAUACAUGUUUGUAUUCAACAAUAGUUCGUCAUAAUCAAUUUGAAAUAAUUCCAUAUUGGAAUACAUUUAUUCAUUAUACGAAAAAACAAAUAAAAGAAAUUUCAUCACCAAUUGUAACUGUUGAAAUACGAUUAGUAGAUUUUUUUCAACUUGAUUCAAUAUUUCGAUUUUUAUUUGCUGAUCAUUUUGCACAUUAUUGUAAUUUAAUGGUUUAUAAAUAUGGACCUAAAUUAUUACCAUUUGUUAGUGUUUUUCAUGAAGGAAUACAAAUUAGUUUAAAAAGUCUUUGGAAACGAACUUUACAAGAACAUUCAAAAGAACAAAUCAAUAUUCAUUCUUUACUUUUACCAUCAAAUCGUAUACCAAAUGAUUGUCUAACUUUACUUGAAUAUUAUUAUCCAUUUACAUUAUCAUCAUUUUACGAAGAAUAUAUGUCAAAUAAAACUGAACAACUAUAUUUAAUAGCUAAUGAACUUCGUAAUCUUCUUAUAAAUAAUUCUGAUAAUGAUUCUUUAUCAUCUAUACAAUUUCAUAUAAAACCUGAACAUAAUUAUUUAUCCACAACAUGUAAUAUAAUUGAAAAUUUUCAAGAAGAAUUAGUUCAACCAAUUCAUACAUUUUUUGAAAUAAAUGGUCAUCAUACAAUUGAACAAGGUAUAUUUUUACAACCAACAGUAGCUGAACUUUAUUCAAAUGAAACAACACGUUUAGCGGCACUUUUACUUAUUGCACAUGAACUUGGUCAUGCAUUAUGUCCAUGUGGAAUAAAUCAAACUGAACGUGAAUAUUUUGCUGAUUUAAUUUCACUUCAGCUAAUUAUUAAUUAUAAUGAACAACAAUUAAAUAGAACAUUAACAUCGAAUGAUAUUAAAAAGUUUUUUAUUACAUAUGUACAAUCCGAAUGUACACAUAUUAAUCAUGGUAUUAUUUCAUUAAUGAAUAAACAAAAAAAUUUCAUUGAAUUACAUAUUAAUAGAAUAUUACAAAAAAAUGAACAAUUUCAAACAAUAUUUAAUUGUUCAUUAAAUCAAAAUAGACAAACAAAAACAAUCAAUAGUUUAUUACUUGAACUAUGUGUAACAUGUAGAAAAACGAAACAUUAG